UCCAAAAGUGUGUUCCGGAGGUGGGAAUCCGGCCUGCCGCUAGCGGCCGCCCAGCCGCGGAUGCGCCCUUGUCCAAGGUGCUGAAACCACCUCCGUCCAUCAAAACAAACUUCCCCAGCGCCCACUGCUCCACAUCUACACCAGCUUGCUUUCUGGAAUUUGUAGUCAAGGGGUUUUUGUUUGCUCCGGAUCCUGAUUUGGAAGUUGAAGGGUUUCACCACCAAGUUCAGCCAAGUUGCUAUCCCAGUUCCAGAUGACUGUGUAGUCUCCACAAUGGAAGGGUCUAACGGCUCCAGCUUUGGGAUUGACUCGAUUCUGUCUCACAGAGCAGCCAGCCCCGCCUUGGCCAAAGGAGACCCGUUGAUGGGCGACUGCAGGUCUCCCCAGGAGGUGAAAGCCGGCCUGAGCCCGGUAUCGGAUGUAGGUAGCGAGCAGAGCUCGCCUUCCUCGCCCGGCCUGGAGUGCGCCGAGGUGGCGCCGCAACUGCCGGGAGCCGCGGGCGGGAUCGAGACGCAGCCGCACCCCGGGCAACUGUGCGCCGCUCCCCAGCCCAGGACUGCUACCUCCUCCUUUCUUAUCAGGGACAUUCUCGGAGACUGCAAGCCGUUAGCGACCUGCGCCCCGUAUUCAAGCAGCGGCCAGGCUCCCCAGGAAGCGGCUCAUAAACGAGGAGAAGAAUUCCUAGAGAAACUGGAGAAGAGGGAGAAUUCGUCCUCAGACACGGAAUAUAAAGUUAAGGAAGAAGCAGAGAGGGAGAUCUCAAGUAGUCGGGAGAGCCCGCCUGUGCGGUUGAAGAAGCCGCGGAAAGCUCGCACGGCCUUUACUGACCACCAGCUCGCUCAGCUGGAGAGGAGCUUCGAGCGGCAGAAGUACCUGAGCGUACAGGACAGGAUGGAACUGGCGGCCUCGCUCAAUCUCACAGACACUCAAGUCAAAACCUGGUACCAGAACAGGAGGACGAAGUGGAAAAGACAGACGGCAGUGGGACUGGAACUCUUGGCAGAGGCAGGCAAUUAUUCGGCCCUGCAGCGUAUGUUCCCAUCUCCAUACUUCUACCACCCCAGUGUCGUCUCCAACCUGGAACCGACGGCCAUGUACAUGUACCGGGGUCCUGCAGCUCCCCACCCCGUCAUCCAGCGACCCCUCGUCCCGCGGGUACUCAUCCACGGACUGGCAGCGGGGGGCGAUCAGCCGCCGCCUCUGCCCGGCCUCGCAGGUGUCCUUCCUCGGCCGCCACAGCCACGGUGAGCCGCCCUCACCAGCAGCCCCUUUACAACCCUAUCCCCGCCGCUUGGACUUCAGCGAGAAUCUCACUCUCUCUCUCUCUCUCUCUCUCACACAUACACACACACACACACACACACACACACACACACGCUCCAAUAUUUAACACAAAAAAUGUGAAACCGUUUGUAAAGAAGAUUGUAUUCAACUCUAUUUAUGUUUUUUUAUUUUCAAACUUUUAUUGUGUAAAAAGUGAGAGUUUUUAACUGUUACAAACAUAGUUUUAAUUUAAAAUUGUUUCAAUUUGCCUUUUGGCACCUACAGUGUAUUAUUUUCAUUUUAAAAUAUUUCUAGCUUUUUUAAAAGCAGCAAUCAAUUUCGUGUUAAGGAAACAGUAAUAGGGUGAAGGUAAUGUUGCACUAUUUAAAAUACUUUUUGUUGUUGAUGGACAUUUAAAUUGUACAAUUUAUUUAUUUUAAACUAAGUUACAAUGAUCGACAAGAGUUUUUCCCUGUAAUAUACUGUAAAUACUUUGUGAACGCAUACAGCUUGAUUUUUAACCGUGCGCACGUUUUUCGUCCAGUUUUCAUGUUGUCUUUUGACUUUUAGUUGGGUGUAGAUUGAAGACGGAAAUGUUCACUACCCAGGUUCUCCUCCACUCCCCCUUACCACACAUACACGCACAUUCCCACCCCCCACUUAAGUCCCCCUACCCCCUUUAACACCAAGUCUGAUUAUUUAUUGAAAGCUGGAGCAGCCCCGGAGUUGGAACAGGCAGCUGUUAGCGCGGCAGCCUGGGAGCGGCACCCGGGCUCCGGGAGCCUGACAGAUGGGGAGCGAGGGUGGCUUGGCAUUUUCCGGCGUCCUCGGCUUCUAACAGAAAGAAACAAAGCAACAGAAAGAAAAAAGAACGAGAAAAGAAUAAAGACAGUACACACACACACACACACACACACACACACACACACACACACACAAUUUCCCAAAAUUCAACAAGUCAGCGACAGCAAGUUGAAAACAAUUUGACAAAAUUCUAAAGCACAUUCAAACCUAGUUCCAUCUACACCCUGUCGUCCGUCUCUAGCUGAGUGUUUUUGCUUGGAAAUUGCUGUUAAUUGAAUACAUCCCACUCCCCUUUCAAUUACAGAUCUUAAAAUAUUUACAGCAAUGAUUACAUCGCCCGUUUCCACCGCACGCCCUCCAACCUGGCUAUUCAAAGCUAAUCUUUAGCCAGAAAAAAAGAGAUGGAUUGUUGUUAAAUUGAAUGUCUGUCCUUUAGAACAGUGCGUUUCAAUGCAAAUUCCUGUAGCUGCCAACAACGCGUCAGUCACAUAACAGUAUUCCGCUUAACGCAGGGAAAGAGCUGGGGUCCGAGGUUCACGUUCCGUUUCUAAGCAUCGACACUUUUUCUAUCAAUAUUUUGUCAGGACUUUUUUGAAUUUGUUUUGCAGGCUUUCCCGAAUUAGUGGUUUCUUUUCCCGUUGAAGUUUCUGUUUUUGUUCACACUGUCAUUUGUAAAAUACUGAAAUACAAAUCAUGACAGAACGUCCAAUGCAAUUCCAUUCAUUUUUAAAGAAAAUUAUAUAUGGGCCAAUAAAGGAUUCGCUCUGAUUUAUUAAAAAAAACUGAAAGAAAAACCUCAGGUGUGUAUCUUCAAUCCUAGGAGCCUUCGAACUGGUAACGACCGUUAGAAAUUGAGCAGAAUUAAAACAACCAAAAUAUAUGUUAAAUAAAAAUCGAAAGAACUGUGGAUGCUGUAAAUCAGAAACAGAAACAGAAGUUGCUGGAAAGAGCCCAGCAGGUCUGGCAGAAAUCUGUGAAGAGAAAUCAGAACUAACGUUUCACCGGACCCGAAACAUUAACUCUGAUUUCUCUUUGCCGGCAACUUCUGUUUUUCUCUCAAGACAUAUGUCACUCGUUUGGAUGGGGGGACUGAGGCCGAGCAGCGUUGUAUUCGGCUCCUUUUUGUUCAUUUCUCCCCGUU